AUGCAAGGGGACCAGGCGGAGAAGAGGGGGAAGGUGAAGAAGGGGUGGCUGGCCGUGCGGGUCGGCCAGGCCCAGGCGGAGGCGGAGCAGGGCGACGGGUUCCGGCGGUUCGUCAUCCCCAUCGCCUACCUCUACCACCCGCUGUUCCAGCGGCUGCUGGAGACGGCCCGGGACACGUAUGGCUACAGCUCGGCCGGCCCGCUCUGGCUGCCCUGCUCCGUCGACGAGUUCCUCCGCCUGCGCGCGCUCGUCGACCGGGAGACGGCGCACUCGCACUCCUCGUCGUCGCACCGCGUGCACGUGCAAGCCGGCGGCCACCACCAGCAGCAGCACGGCUACUCCUUCGCCCCGUGCACCCGCGCCAAGGUCACCUCCUGA